UAUUAAUACAUUAUUUAAUUAAAUGUAGUCAAAGUAGAACAUGUGAAUAGUGUAAAAUUUAGGAUGUUGCACUUAUUUAAGAACGGACGUAAUACUCCGUAGGUAGCUUUACACAUAAGGGAGCACUAACUCUCUUGCUUUUGUUUAUUCUCUCAAGGCACUCACAAUCUAUAUACAUACAUUACGUGAGAUAAUCUCAGCAUCUCUUUGUGAGAGUUAUCCCAUUUUCCCUAUUUUCCUCGAGAAGCCAUAUUGAUACCUUAUAUACAUACUAUAUUCUUCUCUUAUUUGUGCUCAACUCUAUUAUCUUCAAACCGGGCAAUGGUCAAAGGUUUCAGUCAAGGUAGCUACGAGUCUGAAACGUGGUAGAAUUAUCCUGGGAGCGAGCUAGCCAGACCCGUCCGAAUGGCUAUCGGGAUACGGGAGCUAUCUUUCUUCAAGGCCAGUCCAUUUUAACGGGCGAUCCUGCGAUUAGUUUUUCUUAUCUUUUCUCAUUAUUCAUUUUCUAUUUUUUAUUAUUAUUAUUAUUAUUACUAUUAUUAUUAUUAUUAUUAUUAUUAUUAUUAUUAUUUUCUUUUCUUGCAUUUGGCGGUUUGUCUGGUGAUUUGUUUAAACUCGGGAUUUUUUAUCUGGUUAAACUCGCACUUUUAAUAUCAUUUUUCUAACAACCUUGAAGAAAGAUAUUAUCUCUCGAGUUUUGGAAAAUCCCAAAAUGGCGAAUUGGAAAGUGUUGUUGUUUCCGAAAAUGUUGUUGAGAAUGAUGUGAAUGAUAUCCCUCAAAAUAAUGUUAAUUCUGUGUUUGCGACUAAUUGUGGAGACACAUCUGAAUAUGUUGCUACGGGCUCGCACAUGGUUGAUUUAACCGGGAUGCCGGAAAAAUUAUAUGGGCAUUUUUUCAAGCGUUGGCAACAACGCAUGAAAAAUUGCUUAAUCACCAAGGGCUUGCUCUCGGUAAUUAUGACUAUGUGUCCCCCCGUUGUUGAAUCGGAUCCCAAAAGUCUUGAACGCCAAGCUUUAUGGCGUGAGAGGGAUGAAAUUGCAAAAUGCAUGAUUUUGUUGGGUCUCUCUGACAUGUUAUUUGAUGUCUAUUGCACCCUCCACGACACGACUAAGGACUUUUGGGAUGAGUUGGAUAGGAAAUAUAAUACUGAGAACUACGGUCUUGAAAAGUAUAUUGUUUCUAAAUUCCUACGAUUUGACAUGAAAGAAGGUAAAUCGGUGUUAGAAUAGACACAAGAAUUUGAGCUUACUUACAUUCUCUUCGUGAAGCGGAUAUGAAAUUGCCUGAAAAGUUUAAAGUGAUGACGGUCAUAGAAAAAUUUCCCAAAUCAUGGGAAGAUUUUGGUAUGACUUUAAAACAUAAAAUGAAAAAGAUCACUUGGAAGUCUUUGAUGCAUUCCAUUACUGUCGAGGAGGAACAUAAGAAAGCGGGUUAUAUUGCGCCUGUUGAAUUUCAACCGAAGGCUCAUGUUAUAACUGGGGGAAAGCAAACACAACUCUAAAAAAAGCAACCAUCAUCUUUUAAACCAAUAAAGGCCAAAUUAAAAAUUGUAAAGAAACCAAAGGCAAACCGACCAUGCUGGAACUGUGGACAGAUGGAGCAUUGGGCCAAAUUAUGUCCAUAUAAAAAGGUUAAGGAUCAAUCUGUUGGACCUCAAGUAAACAUGGUGACUGGAGGAAGUAGUUCUGAUGGCCUGCAGUUGGAAGAAUAGUGAUGAUGGGAUACGAGUGCUGCUAGCGUGCAAGGAAUAGGAAAAGUAGAAAUAAAAUUUCCUUCGGGAAAAAUUCUAUCUUUGCAUGGAGUGCAUCACUCCCGAAAUUAGAAGGAACAUCGUUAGUGGUUCCAUUCUAGUUAGGGAGGGUUAUGAGUUGUCUUUUAAAUUAAAUAAAGUUGUAAUUUUAUUUGGUGGAACUUUUAUUGGCAAGGGUUACUUGUCUAAUGGACUUUUUAA